AUUUAUCAUCAGAACACAAAUGUUUAUCAUGUCAUCAAAUAAUACAUAAUAAUCCAAAAUUAGAGCAAUUUCUCAUAUAAAUAUUGUAGUUGAAUAAGCCAAACAAAAUGGCAGAUAAUGAACAGAGAGGUGUUAAACUUGUUCAAGAGGCUGAAGCUAAGUUGAAGUCGUCAAAAGGAUUCUUUACGUCUUUACUUGGAGGUGGAUCGAGUAAAACCGAAGAUGCAGCAGAGUUGUAUGUUAAAGCAGCAAAUGCAUUCAAAAUGGCAAAGAAAUGGGCAGCGGCUGGAGAAGCUUUUAUGCAAGCUGGUAGAUUACAAUUACAACUGUCAAGUAAACAUGAAGCUGCCACACAUUUUGUAGAUGCUGGAAAUUGUUAUAGAAAAGGAGAUCCAAAUGAGGCUGUCAAAUGUUUACAUAGUGCAAUAGAAAUCUACACAGACAUGGGCAGGUUUACUAUAGCAGCUAAACAUCAUAUUACUAUAGCUGAGAUUUAUGAAAAUGAAUUAGCAGAUAUGGAAAAAGCUAUAGCUAAUUAUGAAAAGGCUGGUGAUUACUAUAAAGGUGAAGAAUCUAAUAGUUCAGCUAAUAAAUGUUUAUUGAAAGUGGCCCAGUUCUCAGCUCAGUUAGAAAAUUAUGAAAAGGCUAUUGAAAUUUAUGAACAGGUUGCAAUAUCAGCUAUGGAUAAUACAUUAUUAAAAUACAGUGCUAAAGAUUAUUUUUUCCGAGCUUCUGUAUGUCAUAUGUGUGUAGAUAUUGUAAAUGCUGAACUAGCAGUACCUAAGUAUGAAGAAAUGUUCCCAGCUUUUUCUGAUGCUAGAGAAUGUAAAUUAGUCAAGACAUUAAUUAAUGCAUGUAAAGAAGAAGAUGUAGAUGCAUUUACUGAUGCUUUAAAAGAAUAUGACAGUAUUUCUAGAUUAGAUCAAUGGUUUACCACUAUGUUAUUACGUGUCAAGAAAACAUUGAAUGCUGAAGGAGAUUUGUGUUAAUUUAUAAGACAUUUUAUAAUUCUCUAUAUCAAGGGACACCUGUUUAACCUAGUCCCAGUUCUUCUCAAUACUUCCUUACUUAACUUAGUACUUUGUAUAGUUCAGGACUAUAUGAUAUAGUUACAAAAAACAAACCAAGGUGUUUAUGUUUCACUAUUUUUGUCUGCUUAAAAUCAAUUUUGACAAUUUUUUACCCAAUGAAACCCAGAAAAAAGUAAAAUUAUGUACUAUGCUCUAUUUCGAAUGUUAGCUUUAUCUUGCAUUCCAACCAUUACAUUGUGUGUUUGUCCAAGCAAAAUUUCAAUUCCAAUAACUUCUCAAUCUUGCAGUCUGAUUGUCUCAUAAGCAUUGGAUGUUUUUUUUUUACUACAAUUUACAAUUAUUGAUAUUUAUUUAUGAAUAUAUUAUUAAUUAUUGUUGUAAAUUUCUGUAAAAUCAUUUUAACAUAAUAACUUCUAUUAUUAACAUUAUGAUAUAUAAUCCUAUCUUUAGAAAUAGUUAAUAGUUCUACAUCAUCUUAUAAUUAUUAUUACAUGUAAUAUAGUAGAGAGAUCAGAUGUGAACCAAAACUUUAAAAUAUCAUUGAUAAAUGAUAUACAGCUCCAAUUAACAUAAAUGUAUUUGCAAUUAUAACUCUGCAUUACAAAUAGUGAAAAUUAUGUGGAUGAAGGGCUCAACUUUAUGCUGAUAGAAAAUAUUCCCUAGAAUAUUCCUUAUGUAUUAAUCCUGACUUAUCCAUGACAGAUUAAUUUGAAAAAUUCUGAAUUCCUUAGUUUAGAUUUCAUUUCCUUUAUAAUAUAUUGGAUAUAGAAAUAGUAAUAGUUUCCCUAUUUCAUUGUUAGUUCUUAUUGAAUCAAGAUGUUUUCUUCUAUGUUUGGAAGACUAAUUCAGGGUCACAGUAGAGCACUAUUUGUUUAGAAAAUUUGAUGAUAUCUAGAGAAAACCAUGUUAAAUACUUGUCUUAGUGUAGAGAUCUUAUUCUAGUUGACUAUUGUGGGUAAGGUAGUAUGUAUUGUUUAUGGACAGGGUGUGAAAAAACAAUCAAAUAGAUGCUACAUUAGCAUGUUUUAUUUGUUAAUAUACUGUAUAAUCUUAUUGUUGUGUUUUUGUAUAUAUAAUUUUCUAUGGCUGAAUACUGGGCACUAUGUUUUACAGAAGUUUCUUUAAAUGUAAUCAUUAAAUAAAUGGACUGAGGUUUGCUUUAUCUAAAUAACUUCGGAUGAGGAGAUGAAUUUUAAGCAAUCAAAUCAACCAUUUUUAUUAGAGAUAGGUUGCCUUUACUCAUACAACCCUAAUACACUGUACAAGGUUUACAUGCUACAGUAAAAGUAGUAUUGAUAUAGGCAUCCUUCUUCAGAAUUGCUGUCAUUCUGCAGUAACUGUUGAGGAUAAAAAACAGUUGCAUGGUAUUCUCUCAUAACAUGGGCAUUAACUCUUUUACUCUAAUAUGCAAUUUCCAAGUCUUUUCAACCAAUAAUUAUUGUUACAUCUUUUGUUGGUCUAACGCAAGCAGUAGUUUCCAGUAUUUAGACUGUAGAGUUAAAGAUUUCUAAUGAAUUAUCACUAUAAAUUCUUAUAUAAUCUUGAUGUAUUUGAUACUUGUAGAAAGGUUGUUAUUCAUCAUUAUGUAGAUUAUUACAGUUACUCCACUCAUUGUAGUUUUUUUUAUAUGUCUACUGUGGAUGAAUAUCAAAAUUGCAAAGUAUUUAUCUGAUUUGGAAUAUGGUUUGCCAGAUUGAUGAGAUUGCACCUAUUUGUACAGGAUAGAAGCUUAUGUCUUUCAUCUGUAAAAUGAGUUAAACAGAUUUUUUGAGUGAAUUUGAAUACCAGCUUUGAUAGUCUUCAAAUAACUUUGCGUUGAUAAAAAUAUAAAUUUCUGACAGUUAAUAUUUAAACUUCCCUCCAAUAAAUUAUUUUAUUAAG